AUGCGCUGGAUCAUCAAAAAAAUUGCUUACGACAGUAACAAUUACCUUGCCCUGAACGAGGACCUGUGCUCCCGGACCGCAGCGGACAGGGCGGCUCAGACCUCCAAGCUCAAGCUCGAGCAGGGCCGUGCUGCAGGUCACAGUAGGAACUACCUAGAGGGUGACUGCAUAAGUGGCUCCAGACACCAGGAGAACGGGAAGGACACGCUGCUGCGCACAGACCUUCCAAAGACACAUGUGACCCAGCACCCCAUCUCUGACCAUGAGGUCCCCCUGAGACACUGGGCCCUGGGUUUCUACCUUGAAAUCUCACUGACCUGGCAGCAUGACACGGAGGACCAGACCCAGGACAUGGAGCUUGUGGAGACCAGGCCUUCAGGGAAUGGAACCUUCAAGAUGUGGGUGGCCCUAGUGGUCCCUUCUGGAGAGGAGCAGAGAUACAGGUGCCAUGUGCAGCACAAGGGGCUUCAAGAGACCCUCACGCUGAGAUGGGUACCUCCUCAGCCCUCUGUCCCCAACAUAGACAUCAUUGUUAGCCUGGUUCUACUUGUAGUCAUUGGAGUUGUGGUAACUGUUGUGAUCUGGAGGAAGAAGCACUCAGGUGAAAAAGGAGGGAGCUACACUCAGGCUGCAGGAUUAAAAAGCCAGUACCUGUAA